CCCUGGCGCGGCACACGUGCGUUUAUUUUGUUUUGGGUUUAGCUCGUGGGAAAAAUGAAGUUGAAAAAGGUUAAAACUUUGGGCAAAGCCGCGCCGGGAAUCAGCAAAAAGAAGCCGCAGAAGGAUGCAAUUAAAAAGGCGGUGGCCAAGAAGGCCGGAAAAGCUCCCGAAACCAAGGCGAUAGCCAAGAAAUCCAAGCAAACAGCAGCCCCGGCUAAGAAUAUCAAGCCCGCGAAGAAAGGAGCAAAGAAAAGCCACAAGGCGGAGCUGGAGGGACUGAAGGACAUUGAUCCGGAGUUCUACGAUUUCCUCAAGAAGAACGACAAGAAGCUGCUGGACUUUAAUCUGUCAGACAGCGAGGAAGAGGACGAGGAUGAGGAGGAAGGAAAGAGCAAGUCGGCGGCUGCUGAAGGAAGCGAUGACGACGAGGAGAACGAGGAAAAGUAUCACAAGCCCAGCGACGAUUUGGCCGUGGCCAGUGAUGAGAGCGACUUUGAGGACGAGGAGGAGGAUGAGGCCAGCACAGGCGGUACCCAAAAGAUCACCCUCAACCUGCUGCGCCAGUGGGAACAGCAAUUGGGCCAAGACAACGUCUCCAUCGACAUUGUGCGCAAGGUGAUCCAAGCUUUUAACUCGGCCCUAGCUAGCAUCUCGGCAGACGGGGCCGAUGGCGGGGAGAAUCAACCCAAUGCUGCAGCCUUUAAAGUCGUGGGUGCGGCUGCAUUCAAUGGAGUUAUCCAGCUGUGCGUGCUUCAUCUACAGCCGGCCAUCAUUCGAGUGCUGGGCGUGAAACCCAACAGCAGCCUGCCGCUGCACAAGCACAAGAAGUGGGUCAAAGUGCGCGGCUGCCUGCGCUACUAUCUCACGGAUCUGAUCCGCCUGGUGGAGCAGGUGUCGAGUGCCAAUAUCCUGGGCGUGCUACUCAAGCAUCUACAUCAAAUGGCUGGCAUGGUGGUGCCCUUUACGGCGCUCGGCAAGACCAUCCUCAAGCGCCUAAUCGUGCUUUGGGCAACGGGCGAUGAAACCGUGCGAGUGCUUGCCUUUCUUUGCAUCCUGAAGAUAACCAGGAAGCAGCAGGCCACCAUGCUAAACCAUGUUUUGAAGGCCAUGUAUCUGGCCUAUGUGAGGAACUCAAAGUUCGUGUCGCCAAACACGCUGCCCGGGAUUAACUUCAUGCGUCGCUCGCUGGUGGAGAUGUUCGCCUUGGACCUGAACGUCAGCUACCAGCACGCCUUUCUCUACAUCCGACAGUUGGCCAUUCAUUUACGAAAUGCCGUGAUCCUCAAGAAGAAGGACAGCUUCCAGGCGGUGUACAACUGGCAGUUCAUCAACUCGCUGCGUCUGUGGGCGGAUCUCCUGGGCGCGAGUGCCAACAAGCCGCAAUUGCAGCCUUUGGUCUAUCCCCUGGUAACCAUUGCCACCGGUGUGAUUCGUCUGAUACCCACCGCUCAGUACUUCCCGCUGCGCUUCCAUUGUCUCCAGACGCUCAUUUCCCUUUCCAAGGAGACGAACACAUAUGUGCCUGUGCUGCCGCUAAUAGUGGAAGUCCUCAAGAGCAACACAUUCAAUCGCAAGCACACGGCUGUGUCCAUGAAACCUCUGCAGUUCACCUGUGUCCUCCGCCUGAACAAAGCUCAGCUGGCGGAGAACGGUUUCCGGGAUGAGGUGAUCGAGCAGGUGUGCGGCCUUUUACUGGAGUACCUCGCCCACGAGUCCACCUCGCUGGCCUUUAGCGAUCUGGUGGUGCCCACCGUGAUGGCCAUUAAGGCGUACCUGAAGGAUUGCCGCAAUGCCAACUAUUCGCGCAAGCUAAAGCAACUGCUGGAAAAGGUCCAGGAGAGUGGUCGCUUCAUUGAGCAGCAGCGCAGCAAGAGCAGCGUUAACUUUGACAUCAAGGACGCCAAGGCGGUGGCCGCCUGGGAGCAGCAGCUCCGCCUGAAACGCACUCCCCUAGACAUCUACUACGCCAGCUGGCUGAAGACGCACGAGACUAAGAAGCGCCGGCAGGCAGCGCAAACGGAUGAGAUCAAUGCGGACUACGAUGUGCCCAAGCUAAAGAAGCUACCCGCUAAGAAGGGUGUGCCGGUGCGCAAUGAGAAGGGCGAGGUGGAGCUGUUCCCCUCAGACUCUGAGGAUGAGGGCGAUGAUGGUCUGCCUAUCGGUUCGGAUGAUGAAGAUGAGGAGGAGGAACUGGAAGUAGAGGUGGAGCAGCCAAAAUCCAAGAAGGCUAAGAAGGAGAAGCCAGAGAAGCAGAAAUCCCAGCCAGCUGAGGAGGCGGCUGCCGGUGAUGAUUACGACGAGGCCGGUGGAGCCGUAGAUAUAGUUAAGGACUUGGACUUAAACGAUUGGUAGAACAUUUUAAGAUCAUUUAACUAUAUUUACACAUUAAAUUCUUUAAAAAUACCAA